AUGGCCGAUCAAGCUGAGGCGUCAGGAACAUCGACAUCGGUUGCCACUCCACCACUAUCAUCAGCACAAUCGCUUGCUUCUUCGACAUCAUCAACCUCUCCAUCAGCUCUUCCCACACCCCCAUCUAAAUCCGAUGCAAAGCCCAUAAAGCUGAGAGCGGCAUGCAACCACUGCUUUUCGGCAAAGGUCCGAUGUGAUGGCAACAAGCAAGGCUGCCGUAGAUGCUCUGAAAAACGACUGUCUUGCGUCUAUAGCGAAUCUCGAGUCGGCAAAGUUGUAGGCAAGCGACGGAAACGUCCAGUUGAUGACUCUAUCGGCAACAUUAACUCUCAGUCCUGGAUUGUCAACACUGCUCCUGCUCAAUCAAUACCUUCGCCAGCCAACACUCAGGGAUCCGAAGAAUCAGCAAAACGUCAUUGUGGCCCACCUUCCUGGACAUCUUUUAUCGCCGGUGGUGACGAGCAAGGGUUUCUCAAUUUUGAAGAAACAACCGACUCAUUGCACGCCAUCGACAUGACCGACAACCGGAGCUUCUCCAUGGCCAGUGAGUUGACGUUCUUCAACAAUAGCGGAAUGCCUACUCCCGCUCUCAGCCCCCCACAAUUCACACGAUACUUAUCUCCUGCUCAACUGGAGACUCGGCCCACUUCCAGACACACUUUCGUACCAACUAAUACGUCAAAAUUGCAACUACCCCGACAUAAUGCAGCAGUUGCACGUCAUCUUGAGAGCGCGCGAGAAGACGAGGAGAUGGUGUGCAUCAAGCUCCUGGCACAUCUUAAGAAACACGCCAGUGACGAGAUGCAGCCGCGAGAGUCGCAGAUAGAUCUUUUAAGAAAGUGCAAUGCAGCAAUGCAGAGGAUUUUGAGGAGCAAGACAAUCCGCUCGGACUACGCUUGUCAUUUGGUAUUGUCAAGCAUCAUCGCUCACCUUGUUCGGCUCUGCGAGAGACUUUCUCUGUGUAAAAUAGAGGAACCUCGAGCCAUGGACUCCCAGUUUCUUCAAGACCAGGUCCAUUUUGCCGAGGCAAUGCCUGGUUUCUUUGACGCCGCUGUCUCCUCCGGCCCAGCCCCUGGCGAACAGGCCCAGCUGAUACACCUGGUCAAGGAGGUGAUGUCCUUCAUCUCGGCAACUGGAGAGAUGCUCAAGCGGAAGCCGAUACAAGGCUUUCAGUACCUGGGAAGGCACGAAACUUUACACGUGGAACUAGAACAGAGGUUAAGGCAAGCUUCGAUGCUUUUGCACUCAUGA